AUGGCGACCGUCGCCGCCUCACCUGCACCGACCUAUGAGCACGCGUUCGGCGCCGACUCGGCGGUGAUGGCGAGCGUCACCUCCGAGUCGGCGUUUGGAGCACUCGCCAACGCAAAGACGCUGAGCCCAAGAUCGCACCGGCCGACACCGCUGCAGCUCGUACAGACGACACCCUUGACCACGAUCGACAUCAAGAGUCCCCGGUCCGUAUCAUUGCCCCGUUCGAAUCCAGCAUCGCCAACCGCGCCGACCAGCCACAGCGUUGCACCAUCGUGGGCUGCUCCGCUUUUACCGGUACGCGAAGACGCGUCCUUGUCGGAAGAUGAUCUCCCCCGCGCCGCGCCUGCUGCCGCCGCCGAAUCGAGUCCGCGCUCGAUCGAUCCGAAUGCAAGGACCUACAUGUUUAUGCAGAGUGCUGCGACACCGACUACGACGCAAAAACGUGUCGUUCCCGUACUUCAAGACAUGAAGUUGGGUUUUGACGUCGAAGAUGCCGUUGCAGUUGCAGCAGAUGCAGAUGGAGCUGCCGACGUCGGUCUCCGUGUCAGCGCGGAGCGGGACACGGGCGCCUCGACCGAUUCGCAGGCACCGGAUUUCACCGAACUAGCGCCCGCGACCCGCGCCAGCAGCAGCGGCAGCAACCCCUUGCGACCCGCGCCGCGUCUUGCCCAGCUUGCGAUCGCCAGCUCUGCGACACCAACCAGCGGCCCCGACGUCGAUCCAGCGCUAGCUCUCUUCUCACCGGACUCUGCAACAAGCUCGAACCGGAUACCGCUUGUAUCGCCAGCGUCUUCGUCGUGUUCGCCGACGCCGUCGCCGUCGCCGUCGUCAUCCUCGCAAGCGCCGCCGUCGCGAAGCGCGAGCGCGCAUCCGUCCUCGUCCCGCAGCGCCAGCACCGUAGUAUCGAGCCAUCGACCCAGGGCGACCAUCUUGUAUCGCAGUCACCCUGCAAGUUCCGUCGAAUCCCCGUCCUUCUCGAGCACGCUCUCACCUGCGCGAUCUCGAUCGCGAUCCCGCUUCAGUGACCUCCGAGGAGCGAUCUUCUCGAGCUCUGCAUCCACAACAGGCAAGUCAAAACACAUCAAUGACCCGUCACAACUGCAAUCUCGCUCCAUUGCAACGAAUAGGGGCCCCGAUUUAGUCAAAAUGUACAACGGAUGGCGAGCUGACUAGUCCCUGUUCCUGCUCGCUCAACCAGGUGCUUCGACCGCGGGUGUCUCGGUCUCGCCGCCUGCGAAGAGGCUUCCGCUGCGAUCCAGCAUGAUGAUCGGUCAGCAUGCAAUGACUGGCGCCAUGGCAUCGACUUCGAGCUCGACCGGUCCACGAUAUCUUUUGACCGUCAUUCCGCCGGACCAUAUCCCCCACGACCCACCGCACCCGAGGACAUCGCAACACUGCUCUGGCUACGGCCCUCCGCAGCAUUUCAAGUCAGUCCAGACAGACGAUAACCGAGACCUGAAACGAACGGGAUUUGCUGAGACGGUCGCCAUCGGUCUUUUUUCUGCUUCUUUCAUUCUCUUUGUGUUGUCUCCUCGAUUGCUCUUAACUCUGCCAGGCGAGGGACACUCGUUCCGCUGUACCCGACGCUCUCAUCCCAGCUGGCCGCGAUCGCGCGCGAGUACGGGCUGCCCUCGACAGGAGGUAUCGUCAUCUACCUCUUGUCGACGAUAGACCCAUUCUCAGUGACCGCCACUCCACUUCCCGGAAGCGCAGGUCUCGCAGGGGCCGACGGACCUCGUAUCGGCGAAGAAGCGUGGUCUUUGCUGUGGAGUCGCUUGUUCGAAGAAGACGGCGCGGGCCUUUCGACUGGGCCGGGAGAUACCGACGACGAAUACGACGACGACUACGCCCCUCCUGUACCUCCGAUUCCGCUCAGCCAUCGAGGCUACCACCAUCACCAGUCGAGUUUCACCGAAGCCGAUGCCUUGUCGCCGCCACAGACGCAACGACAUACCGGGCCCGCUUCGGAUGAGGACAACGUGGGUGGCAGCGAUGGGCCUGACGGCGAUCUGGAAAGGGCCAGCUUCUCGAGUGACACCGGGGAUCACGAGAGCUCGACGUACUCGAGUACGGCUGCGGGAGCCGGAGAUCGAUCGGCCUCGGUAGGUACGAGCCAGAUCGGCAGUGCCACGACGGCAGGAACUUCGACCCGUCCGUCGAGUGUCGCUGCUCGGUCACCAUCGAGUGCGAGCCACAGCAUUGGUCGUGGCCACCCGUCAAACAAUCCUCGCUUCUCCUCGGCUGCAUCGACGCGUGGUGAAAACGGUAUCGCUCCCCAGCUCAGCUCGUUCGCUUCCCAGCCCAAUAUGCGACACCCAUCACGCCAGUCGGUUCGAUCCAUCAGUUCACGGAUGUACCAAGCAUCAGGACGAGCGACUUCGCUCAGAAGUUUUUCGACGAGCUCCUCGGGUGUCGGACCAGCAGUUGUGGUCGGCAAGGUCGAGUUCGACAUCGAUCGCAGGCAAGGCGGUCGCAGUAAAUGGUACGAGAACUGGAUAGCCGGGGCCUCGGCAUCCCCAUCAGUACCGGCGAUGACAACGACCACGGAUCCAAAACCCUCGACCCACGGGCUCGGCCGUUGUGCACCUGAUACCUCGCGGAGCGGAGACGAGUCGUUGCGGAGCAGUCCCGCAGAGCAUGCUUUUGCAGCGGGCUCUCUGCCCGGUCAUCCGCCCGCCGUCUCGAAAUUCACUUCCGCAUCUUCCCCCACCGUACCUGAGCGGCGAUUCCCUGUUGAGCACACCAAGGAGCCAAUUCUGGAUCUCAAGUCAGAGCUGCCUGUAGAUGGGUCCGAGACACUUUCUGCUCCCGCAUCAGCCACAGCUCGCGGCAGUGGACUGAAGCCGCUGGAACUCGGGGCCUUGGGAAUAGGGGCGGCUUCCGCAGCGACGCAGAUCGCCAGGACCUCGUCUACUCAACAUCAUCCGACGGAGGCAUCCAACGCGAAACCCAUCGCAGCUUUCGACAGCUUGCCCGGCCAUCUUGGCUCGCGGUCCUCCCUGCUUUCACCUUCGGCCGCAUCAGCGUACUCCCUCGCAGCGAUGGCCGGUCACAGUGACGACGACGAAGACCAUGCUACCGACACAGCGUGCGAACUUGUCACUUCGAGCCAGGAGCCGACUUUGCAACCAAGUGCUCCGGCAGGCGAGGGCCAGGUAAAUGAACACGCUCCACUGGACGACGGUCGUGACUCAAUACGAUCGUCUUAUGCUUCGUCUAUGCAAAGUUCGUCUUCGAGUGAGCGGGGCGGAGAGCAGCACGGAUACGCAAAUCUGGCGGAUGAAAAUGACGACGACGAUUUGGCUUCCGAUCAAGGACUCACUCAAUCGUAUAGACCGCUCGAUGACGACAUUAACGACGUCGUUUCCGGAAUGCCAUCGAUUGCAUCGACUUUGCAACAACGAGAUUCACAACGAGAAUCUGUCGAGUAUCAAAAUUCGUCGGAUCCCCUUCCGGACGAGGCCGAUAUUUCCUUCGCAUCCCCGAUGGAUCUACCCGAUGCGUUCCAUCACCAAACGAUGGACUCUGAAAUGUCGCACUACGCGGACUCAGAAGGAGUAAUCGAACGUGUUCCGACCCGCAACUUCGAUGUCGGCCCCGAUCCUUUGAGCGACAUUUUCGGAUCUGACGAACGGACAUGGAGAGAGAUUGCCGAUGAUGACACCCAUCUCGAGCCAGCGCCGAGCCAGGAGGCGAGCGAGAUCACCAGUUUAGGUCUUCAACAUACGCGCGUUGCUUCCCUGGUUUCAACCAUUCCCGAGGGCGUUCUCGAAGAACGCAUUGAGACUGAAGAGGACCAUGAGAGUAUUUCAGCGCAGGAUGACAUUGCCGACGUCAAAAACUUGCUCAAGGUCAGUUUCGAGAGUGCGUGCCAUGUAGCAACAAGAAUCUAUCCCAAACUGAUCCAUCUUUCUUUGGCGCACGCCAAUUUAGAUCGACUCUACGCCUCGGCCCGUCAACCGGAGUCUAGCGUCACCCAUCCGUCUAGACUCGGCAGCCACCUCUGCAGAAUCAACAAGAGUGUUUGCAGCGACAACCACCUCUGACAACGAGGAUCUGUCGCUACCAGCGGGAAAGCGACACUCGCCUGAUGUGCUCGCCGCAUUCCCUCCGCAGAACUCGCCGUGGCCCCCGCUUGUGGACGACGAGCCACCUACCAUUGAGACAAACGCCCCUUCGACAGUCGAGUCUUCCCCCAGUUCCAUCCCUGUGCGCAAGCAACGACAAGGCUGGACGAACAUUCCGCCGGUUGUGGACAAGUCGCUGUCGGCCUCAUCUUCCAUGGCCUCAAUCGCUAAUGUCGAAAUUGACGAGCCAGAGCGGGACUCGACCGUUGGUCUUAUGGAAAACUUGGAUGAUCUGGAGCGCGCGUUGGCCGACCUGUCCCCGACCACGUCUCGCCGUCGUGUACCGACUUCGCCCCUGCUCUCGGCCCGAGACGAUGCCACUCCGAUCGUUUCUCCCAUUCACGCUCCCGCUCUCGUUCCUUUGCCCCAACAAGAAACGCCUAGCAAUGCGUGUUCGGCCGUGGUUUCCUCUCUCCAUGCGGUUCCCGAGACUACUCCUGUGUCUGCGGCAAAUGCCGAACCGAGCUCCCUCCCCAUCGAUUUUGAGCCGCCCAAAUUCUCCACUGUCCAUCCACUGCCGUCUCCCACGCUAUCUAGCCGACCUCUGUUCCGUUACGGCAACGCUUCGCCUUUGGUCCCGCCGGUCUCGUCAGACGGGGAGGAGCCCGCAGCCCGUGUGAUCGUCCCCCCUCGCAAAGCCAGUUUAGCGACAGAGUUCAGUCAACACACUCGGACGGUGACGGAGGCAGAUGCUCCGCUUCUACCUCCACCGCGCUUGUUUGACACCGAAGGAAGCGCAUCUCCGUCGAGACCUUCGCUCGAAGAGGCGCCGUCUUCCCCUCGAUCUGGUGGUUUCUAUUCCGAACUACCUGAUACGACUCGAACGCCGCGAUCUACGAGCUUGAGCAGGCGAGCCGAUUCGAGCCCUCGCCAGAUCCCUUUGCCACCCUCACCGAUGCCGCAGCACUUCAAUCGCUUCGCACACCCGAUCGCGUUCAUGGCCGAUGCUCAGGUUCCCGUCGCUUCGGAUGCCGAAAUUGUAAGCGACGUGCCGCCACCGCCACCUGUACCAGUGGUUAGUGAUGGAUCGGCUCCAACAGUUGCCAACUCGAAAGCCAAGAACGAUAGCUUGCCCUCGCGGUCAUCCCGGUCUUCGGCCAAGUCAGCUCGCAACAGUAAGCCCAGUAAGGCAGCAUCGCAAGAAAACACCGAUGCUGUUGACCAGACUACCAAGAGUCCGGCAUUCUUCGGCAAGUCGACCUUCAGCAAGUUGAAUGGAUUGUUCAGCAAGAGUCCCAAGACGACAGCCGAAAGUGAUUAGCUUUUGACUUGCUCGCUCUGAGUCCUCAGAACCAAUUGACUAACCCAAACAUCCUCUACGCACCAUCAGAUGUCGCGAGUCCACCAGUCUCGCCACUUCUCUCGUCCGAAGCCGCUUUCCCUGUGCGGCCAUCUCAAAAUGACGAGACCCGUGCCUUCCAGCCGUCAGAUGCUGCUCCACUGGCGGUCGUGGCCCCCGGACAAACCAUCGAAGAGAUUCGAGCCGAAUUAUUUUCCAGGAGCACGACCUCCGCGCACGACGCCAGCUCGCUGAGGAUCGUCCAGCAGCCGCCUUCCUUGUACGAACGACCAUCAUCACCCGCGGGAGAUAUCGAAUCCUCCGCCUUGUCACCCCGAUCGGUCGCGGAUGUUGACUCGCUGCGACCGACUUUGCCUGUCUUCGGUCUCGCCUCGUCCCUUAGGCCCGCACGUACGUUCGAGCCGCUACUUCCCUCAUCCCCGACGUUCAACUCGGAGACCUUCAUGGGCUCGGCUUUCUCACUGGAAACUGGAUCAUUCGAUUCCGAUUUGGCGAUCCGGUCGCCUAUCUCGGACUAUAAUCCCGUCACGCCCGGCCGCAUCCCAUCUUCCCCCGGAGUUCACCCGGUUUCUGCUCCAGCCACCCCUUCGGCCUUGAGGGACGAACAGGGCCACACUCGACCCAACAACGCAGCACGUUUUAGUCGAAUGCGACCUCGCCAUCGGCUCAGCGCCGAUAUCGACCAACUGUUGUCCCAGAUGAACGAAAUCGACUUUGGUGACGAAGAAUCGAUGAUGACCGGUGCCGGCUCGGAGGACGAGACACAAUCCGUCGCUUCGACGAGCAAGUCACGCUUACCUUCCCACGACCAUUUUGCGGGCACUGCGCCGUUGUCCCCUUCCCUUCCCCCGGUCGAGGAGUUGGACAUCGAGGAGCGGGUCGCACCCACCACUCCGAACCAAGAUUGGCCUCCUCUUCCCGCCCUUCCCGAGCAUCACAGCGCGUUGGCACCUCGUAGUCGGGAAACGGUGGCCCUGUCGCAUUUGGGCGAUUUGAUGACCAUGUGA